UGUAGCUGGCGAGGUGCAUUCUGGGAAAUGUAGUCCCUUCCGCGGGAAAAAAAAAAAAAAAAAAAAAACAACACUCGGCCAUGUAGCUAGCUAGCAACACCUUACAACAGAGAGACAGGUAGACAGAGAGACAGACAGGUAGAGAGAGAGACAGGCAGGCAGACAGACAGGUAGAGAGAGCUUAUGUCGUAGUUAGCGGUUGGUGUUAGAGCGGUUGUUCGGAGGGACUCUGGCGGUGUUUCGGAGCUCGAUGGCGGGAUGUAACUGAUCAGCGGACCGGGAGAGGCACCGGGACUCGGCCGGUCGUUUAACUGAACUUAACGUUAGUUGUUAAAAGUCGGUUUUUGAGGGAACAGUAACUGGUUAGCUUCACGAGGCUACCACCAGGGAUGGCGGGGGAGAGGAGCGGAGAGGACAUAGUUUCAGAAUACCUGGGCCAGAACCCGCAGCUGGCCCACUGGGUCGAGAGUCUGAGGGGCUACUGUGAGACCAACAAACAGUGGGUUGCUCGGAGAGAGUUCAUCCUGAGGAACAUGGAGGCGUUCCCCACAGUGGAUCCAGGAGUCCCCAGCAGCAGCCUGGACAGACUGCUCUCCCUGUCCAUGGUGUGGGCCAAUCACGUUUUCCUGGGCUGCAGCUACCCACAGGCCGUAAUGGACAAGAUCAAGGAGAUGGGUGAGGGGGUAGUUGUCGAAGAUGCACCGGUUCACAGAACCACGAUAGGCGGACUGGCCAAAGCAAAGCGGAGUGCCACAGCUGAGAGCGAUGCUGACAGCUGUGCGAAAAGAGCCAAAUGUGGGCCUAAUGAGCUCGACGGUCGACCUGCUGGGAGGACGGCUGCGUGGCCCGGGGGUCAGAAAUCAGGACCUCCUCCACAGGCUCCAGCAGAGCACCAGCCCUUCUUCAACCGCCUCUACAAGGCGGUGGCUUGGAAGCUGGUGUCGGCGGGGGGCUUCGGUCCCAACCUGGACCAUUUUGAAAUACUUCGUAGCUGCGUGGAGUCGUGUAAAGAGACCCUGGCCUGUGUGUUCGUGCCACUGAAGGACAUUGCAGGCCUCCCCGCAGGACGCACACAGAAGGAAGGCCACGUGUGUGAGAUCCGCUGUCAGAGCGUAUACAUGGGGACAGGCUACGGCCGCGACGAGGGCGCCGCCAAAGCCAUGGCUUCCAAAGAGGCCCUAAAAGUCUUUCAGGGGCGAAAAGUGACAGUAAAGAUCUGCAGACGGAGGUUCAAAGGGAGAGACGUGGAGGAUUUGGUGUUGUUGGACGAACAGCCUCGGAGUCAGGGCUUCCCUCCUGCGCUCAGCUACCCAUUUCAGGAUGAGCAGCUGGAAGAUGGUUCUUCAUAGAGCCGGCGGUUUGUGACACCCCCCCCAAUGGACAAGUGACAUUUACUUGAUAGAGCUACUGAAGACAUUCACGACCACGUCGGGCCAAACUGUUAUUCAGUUGAACAUCAUAACUAGACUUUGGAAUCAUUGAGUAACUUUAACUAUAUCACGAUACGAUUCCCACAAUGCUUUGGUGUCAUAAAACAGGGUGACUCAUUGUUAGACAGACAGAUAUCUGGGAUUCAUCACAGAGACAACAACAAUUCAUCUUAUGCUGUAUUGACUCCAUUUUCAACUGCUUUCAGUUUUACAGAGUUUUAUAGACAGCCGGUGUAACGAGGUGUGUGGAGUCGGAGCAUGUGCCAUCAUUUAAAAAUCAAACAGUCAUAAACUCCAACAAGGCGAAACAGUUAAAAUUCCACUUUUACUAUUAAUGUGAUUAUUCGUCCCAGCAAAAUGAAAAAACUGUGUUAACCUCAUAACUCAUAUUAGGAGUAGUUUGUAUAUAUUUUCCCUUUUUGUUCAUUCCUGAUUCUGGUGAUUCCCCUCGUGCACUCACGCCUACAGUUUGCUUUAUUUUGUCCAAACCAUAGUUGAUAACCUUACUUUGGGUUAUUGGUUUGUUUAGAUUCACACUGCUCAUCACAGUGGGAACAAAAGUCACAUGAACAAACCAGUAACAUGUUACUUUUUGAUUUCCUGUCACUCAGCAGGGUGCAAUCACAACUAAUACAGUCACUGUAACAAGGUCUGAAUAAGACGUAUAAAUCCAGACUUUAUUUUGAUAUUUCAGUUUUUUUUCAACCACAAGUGACUUUCGGAUGUCAGAUAUCAACAUUUGUGUUUCUACUUGUACCCGUUAAUAUUUGCAUUUUAUGAUCCGCUCUUCAGUUGUCCUAGAACAGGACUGGACCUCGCUGAAGAUGUUUGGCAGCACCGAUGUUUAAUUCUCAUUUUUCUUACUUAUCCAGAAAAAUGUAACUUGACUAGUAAAUGUUCUAAAGUUCACAUAAACGGCUCCGAACAUUGUUCGUAUGAUGAUGGGGAUCUAAGGUGUUUAACAAGAGCUUCUUAAAACUGGAAAGAGUUCAGCUGUAAUCUGCUAAACAAUGACUACACACUGAGUUUCAAAUUAAAGUAAUGCUGCAGAGAAUUGACUGAGUUGUGGAGGUUGAUGUGUACUUUACAAUUUUUGACUUUCGUGUUCUUCUCAAACACUUGGCCAACUACCGUACCAGUACUGUACACAGAAAGGCUACUGCUUUUAUUUUAUUUCAUUAUUUAAUCUCACUGAAUAAAUAACAACCACUGAGACCCACACUAUGUUGAAAGUGUUGGGGUGUCAUAAUUAAUAAAAUUCCUUUGAACACAGUUUGAUACGGUGUGUACAGUUGUGAUGUGUGUGGGGGUAAAGUGCUGCUGUGAUGUGUGAUUUCUGUUUCUUUUUUCCAGUCUGGGUUGAGGGUGAACAGGGUUGCAUUGAAGUGUGAGUAUCCACACUGUUCCGUGUUACUGUACGUUUACACCAGUGGUCCUGUUUCUAUAUAUUUUUAAAAUAAACAUAAUUUAACCGAGUAAA